CUACAACUCUGAAGCUCGAGUGAACAACAAUGGCGUCGGACAAAUCAAACGAUGCACCUAAAGAAGCAAUCUUCCGUCUCUUCGGCGACAAACCCACUUCUGGAUUGGGUUUCCUAGACUUCCCAGAAAAGCCUCUCCCUCCCGCACCGCCUUGCCUUGAAGUUCUCCUCUCAGAGGUUACAGCAGAUGCGAAGUGCUCUAUGGAGCCUGUGAAUGUUGCUGGGCUUACUCUACUUAAGGGGAGGGUAAGCACUGAGGAGGUGUUUGCACUGUCCAACUCUGAUUUAGUGCCUGGUAAAUAUGAAGGAGGGUUGAAACUAUGGGAGGGGUCACUAGAUUUAAUUGCAGCACUUAACUCAGAGAUGGAGAAUGGGCGGUUGUCUUUCACCGGGAAGCGAGUUCUUGAGCUUGGAUGCGGCCAUGGACUUCCUGGUAUAUUUGCUUUCCUAAAGGCGGCAGCUGCGGUGCAUUUCCAGGACUUCAACGCAGAAGUCCUCCGGUGCCUCACCAUUCCCAAUGUUACUGCUAAUAUGGAAGAGAAUCCUCAGUAUUUGUCUGGUGAAGUAAAGGAAGGCCGCAUCAGCACUGAGACUCGGUUCUUCUCCGGCGACUGGGGUGAAGUGCACUCGAUUCUGGAUCAGGGAACUGGUUAUGAUGUCAUACUUAUGGCAGAGACAGUUUACUCGAUUCCUGCACUGCCAAAUCUGUACAAACUUAUCAAGAAGUGCCUCAGUAGUCCCCAUGGAGUUGUGUACAUGGCAGCAAAGAAAUAUUAUUUUGGGGUUGGCGGAGGAUCAAGACGCUUUCUCUCUCUCGUCGAAAAGGAUGGUCUUCUUUUCUCUUCUCUGGUUGCUGAGGUUGCAGAUGGUUCAUCCAAUGUUCGAGAGGUCUGGAAGCUUCAUCUCAAAUGAGCUCACAGCACCGAGCAGCGUAUAUCAGCUGGUUCGAAGAAAGCACCUCGAUAAUUGCUGCAGCCUCAUUUGUGACUUCUGCAAGUUUUAACUAUUGUAUUUCCUGCUUAAAAUCUUCAUAGAAACCGUUUUCAAUAGUUAUUCGCGCCCUAAUUAUGUUGAUCCGACAUCAUAUUGUGCAAUGUACGCGGUUUUUUCUUCCCAUUCA